AUGGGUUACAUUGAGAUUCUUACCACUGUUACAAAGUUCAAGAAAUCUUAUCCGCCUCCUCAGUGGAAUGGUUUCUUCACGAUGCUAUUCAAAGGUUUAUUAGAACGAAGUGCAGGUUCUGAUGGGGCUAGCCGUCUGUUUAUGAUGAUUCUCUACGGGUUGUACCAUGGCGUUAAUCUCGACUAUGGCUCUCUUUUGUGGCAAAAGUUGAUUCAAAGCCUUGCUUCUACUUCUCGCCAUUCUGAAAUUUCUUAUGCUAGAUUCUGGACGCUGGUUACCAAGUGGGCAAUGGACAAGUAUCAUGCCCCUGUUGUAGCCAAUUCUCCACUCUCCUCGAUUGUUGUUUUCCACACAACGAAGAUCAUCGUAACUGAUCCUUCCAAGUUUCAGUUUGUUGGCUCAAUCCAUGAGUCAAUGUAUGCGUGUGUAUCAAGGGAUAGUCAAAAGGGGAAAGACAAGAAGGUAGUUAAAGGAGUGAAGGGUCCUUCUCCAAAGAAGCGAAAGCCUACGAAGGCAGCCCAAUCACCUCCACUGAAGAAGAGGAAAACCCAGCCCAGGCGAAAACUCAUUCUUGCCUCUUCCUCCAGUGAAUCAGAGGAUGAGGAUUUAGACUCUGAGGAGUCGCCUCGAGGUGACACUCCUCCCCGUUCGCCUUCACCUGAGGGAGCUGCUGAAUCCAAUGCAACGAAGGUCGAUUCCGUUGUCGAGAAGCUAGUCACAUCCUUCGCAUCCGAACUGCAAUCCUUUGCCAUUCUUCGUCAGUCUCUUGACGCUGACCACAAAACUUUCCAGAUGACUGUUGAGGAGCGCUUGACAAAGCUCCAAGAAGAUCUUGCUUCGGAGAACUCUGUCAUGGAUGCGCUUGCUCACAAAACCACUGUUCUAAAGGUUAGGAGUCUUCAGCUUUCCCAAUCAGAAAAGGAAGUUGCGUCUCUCCGAUCUGAGCGAGCGAAACAAGCCAGGGAAAAGGAUUCAGAUAUGAGUGCUCGCGUUGCCAGAGAGGCAGAGGCAAACGAAAGAAAAAUGGAGGCUCAUGAUCUUCUUGAGAGUCGAAAAACUCUAUUCCCUCCGUGGACUCUCGAGAGGCUUAUCAAAGAAGUUAUUGAUACUCCCAGCAUCCUAUGGCUCGAACUGGGUUCGGUGGAUAAUGUCGAGUUCGGUGACAUGCAGGUGUGGUCGACUGACUCGGAAGAUGAUGAAGUGAGAAAGCCUUCUCAUGGAAAGGCUUAUGUAGCGAAGAGUGGUGAAGCUGAUGGAAGAUAUCUGAUGGUGACAGAUUCAAAAGGAGAAGAAAACAGGAGUAAAAGGAACUUCGAAUCACCGAUUCAAAAGAACCAGAGGAAGACUUUCGGGCCACAAGAAGAACAAAACCGAAAGGAUGUGUUCGGUCCCAAAAGCAACAACAACCGAAGAGCUAGUUUCCGUCCACCAAACAACAACAGGCAAAGACCAGAUUUUAGCCCGUCAAGCUUUUACAAUAAAAGAUCCAGUUUUGGGCCACCAACCUACAACACCCAAAAAUCAAGCUUCGGUUCUUCAUCUAUCAGCAACCGAAAGUCCAGUUUCGGUCCUUCAAAUGAACACAACCGAAAGAGACAUUCUGAAUCUCAAGGCAAGAAAAAUUCUCGUUCUAAUUUCUUUUCUUCUAAUUCUUCUCGUUCUCAAUCUUCUUCUAAGCCUAAUUCUGAUCCUAUCAAAGGAUUCGAAAGGAAAAAGGAAAAUUUCUUCAGCUGA